CCCUCUCUUUGGAGUGCCAUCUCCUACCUCAACAGUUUUCUUCCCCUAAAAAAAAAACCCUCUAUCUGAAGUCCCAUCUCCUCUUCUCGAUUUCCUCUCUCCAUUUCUCUCUGUUCUUUUUUUUUUUGGGAUUCACAACUCCCAUUCCUUUGAAUUUGCGUUAAAUCGGCGGCAGCCAUCCUCUUCUCUUGUGUGUUUGUUUAGUCGGCACCAUGAACUCGUGCUCAUUUUAGAGCGGAACACACUGUUUUCAGCAUUUGGGUCUAUUUCCUUGGAGGAGCUGAUUGAGCAACCUUUCUUUACAUGUUGGUUUCUUAUCACACAGUAUAGUACUGCAGAAUAAAAUAGAAGUUAAGGUGAUGGCAUCCGCGGCUCGGAGUCCCCAACUGAGAAAGGAUGCUGUAACAAAUCGGUGGGGCAUUUUCUCACCUGCCAGGGCCAAGCGGCCUUCCGACUUCAAAUCCAAGUCCCCCACAAUUAACAGUAAUCCUAACCAGGAAUGCCCCUUCUGCAUUGGCCAUGAGCACGAGUGUGCUCCCGAGAUCUUUCGGGUCCCUCCCGACAAUUCAGAUUGGAAGAUCCGGGUCAUCCAGAACCUGUACCCUGCUCUCAGCCGGCAAAAUCCUGACUCGAACGCAGUUGUUCAGGACUCCAAUGCAAACUCAAUGAUUCUCGAAGGCCUUGGGUUCCAUGAUGUGGUGAUUGAGUCGCCGCUCCACUCGAUUCAGCUCUGUGAUCUAUCGCCGCAAGAUAUCGGUGAUGUUGUUCUUGCCUAUAGGACAAGGAUUUUGCAGAUCAUGUGCUACAAUUCAAUCAAAUAUGUCCAGGUUUUCAAGAACCAUGGCGUCUCAGCUGGGGCAUCAAUGAGUCACUCUCACAGCCAGAUGCUGGCUCUUCCAAUUGUCCCCCCCACUGUUUCUGCACGACUUGAUAGUAUGAAAGAAUAUUUUGAUCAAACACAAAAAUGUAGUGUUUGUGAAGUCCAAGGGGAGGAUCACUUGAUUGACGCUUCAACCCACUUUAUUUCGGUUGUUCCUUUUGCUGCAUCAUUUCCCUUUGAGAUAUGGAUUAUUCCUCGUGAUCACUCUCCUCAUUUUCAUGAAAUAAAUGAUGAGAAGGCAGCUGACCUUGGCGGGCUGCUGAAACUCAUGCUUAAGAAACUGGCUUUGCAGUUGGACAAUCCGCCAUUCAAUUUCAUGAUUCAAACAUCCCCACUUGACAUUACUGCAUCAGAACUAUCAUUUUCUCACUGGUUUUUACAGAUAGUGCCCCAACUAACCGGCGUCGGAGGGUUCGAAAUUGGAACUGGUUGUUACAUAAAUCCUGUCUUCCCAGAGGAUGCUGCAAAAGUUUUAAGGGAAGUCAGUGUCUCAAAAUAGAAAUAGAAUAAUCAUAAUUACAUAUUCGACGUUCUAACAAAUAAUCAUUCUUGUGAGUGAUGAGAAUCCAUUGCCGAUGUUCUUCCGGUAGGUUUUGUUCUGUGUUCAGCAAUGUAGAUGAAAUAAAAAAAGGCCGAAAAGGACUGGGAUUUGGAAACAUUUAACACGGAGUAAGAUGCCGCCGAGUUUGGAGCUAUUAACAUCUUACUUUCUUACGGCCCAAUAUGAGGCUGUUUUAUGGUCAAAUAAAAGGAGGAA